AUGACGUCUUGGGGGCUGGAACUUCUCAGCAAGCUCGCAGAGUCGACUUCCUUGGAUGCUCUUCGCGAAGAUUUUCCCCGAAAAAGCGAUGAAGGUCUCAACCCAGCUCAGUUUCUGGCCGUGGUGCGAAGGCACGUUGAGCAUGGAGAUUUCGGCUUCACAGCCAUGAAUGGAGGUGGCGCCGGGGGCGGGUAUCCUCAUGGGCAUGGAUAUAACGAUGUAUAUGGCAAUGCAAGCAAAGUUGGGGAAGUUUUUAAGGAAAUGGACAUCCGCGGCGACGGGGAAGUGUGCUGGGAAGACUUUUCUGCGGUGUCUCGGGUAGAAUACUUGCCGGCACCAGUGGAAAAGCUGGGCCUUGUGGGGAAAGGGAACGAGGUAGUUCACCUGAUAGGCCAGGGCCCUUUGGAAGAUGACGACAAGGCGCCGUUUCAGGUAGUGUCAGGCGGGGGGUCCGACUUAGCGAGGGUAAGCUGCUCUCUUCGACACGACACGGCCUACAAACCCCACGAGGUCAACGCUGUGCACAGCAUCCCGGGGCAAGAUGUGGUGAUCACGAGCAGCUCAAUCUCCUCCACGGGUCCCCAUGUCUUGACGGUUUGGGACCUUCCCACUCAGGAGGAACGGUCUACUGAGAAGCAAUUCUUGCCAGAAAUGAAAAGCCGGGAAGAGACCCCCACGCGGCAGACCGUCAUACUCUGGGCCCCUGCUGUGGAGAUGGUGCUUACCGGAAGCUCCAGCAACGGGUCGUUGCUGGGGUGGGAACUAGGGCCUUUGAGACAAUCGGCAAAGCUUUGGCUGCACGACUCCGGAAUUACGCACAUACACGAGUUGGUGGGCCACACAGGUGGGGCUCCGCACCUCGUAACAGCUAGCCUCGACGGGACCAUCGCAGUCUGCGGCGGAGCUGCGAAAGGAGGAGGUCGCGGCGACGGGGUGUUGCAACGCCUACAGGCUCACGAGAGAGGGAUCGCGAGCAUGGAGUUUUGCCUUCAUCACUCCCUCGCCCUGUCUGCCGGGGUGUUCGUGAAUGCUGUCGACACUACGCCGGACAUCCUUGUGUGGGGCCUGGACCGCGACCGCGGGCUCCUCGAAAACGACGUGCAAAGUCGUCUCAGGGGACACGAGGGGCAGGUGGUCGGGAUAGCUUUCACUGAUGAGGACCUCGAGGUGAUCACGGGAGGCGCCGACGGAGUGUUUCUGGUGUGGCAGAUGCCGAGUCUUGUCGUCAAGCAACGAUUUACACGCGCCAAGAACAGCCCGCUCGUCCAACAGUCCGUGUCGUGCUUUGCUUUGGUGCCGAGGUCGACCGAUCGGCCGAUGCUGCUCGUUGCCGGUAUGAAGGAAACGGCCGGGCUGGAUAUCUUCGCGCGUAUGGAAAAGAGGGUGCACGAGGAGCUAAUCAAAGCGGAAUUCUGUCCUUAUCUGCAGAGGCUUGUUACCGUCAGCGCACGACGGGUGACCAUCUGGGAUGCCAAAAGCGGCGAGGCGUUAACAACCCUGACGUCGGAGCGCUUGCUGGGGAAUGACCAGGCGGAUAUCACAGCGUUUUCGUCAGACCACCAGGGCCACAAGCUCGUAGUCGGAGCCGAUACCGGGGAAAUUCGGGCGUGCUUUUCCCACAGUGGAUCGGUCAUCCGGCAGCUGGACCCUCACAACGGUCCGGUCAAUUGGCUCUCCUUCGCUUCCCGGAAAACAGACAUGUGCGUCUUCAGCAUCGGUGGGGAUGGAGAACUACAUGUCCUUGACGCCGCCGACGAGAAGGGAUACAUUAAACCACCUCCGCCGUCGGCCGGUCGAAGGCGCAAGCGGUUAAAAUAUUCCCUCGCUGCUAGAGGAGACACUAUCAGCAGGGACAACGCCAUCAAUCACGCCGAAGACGACCAUGACGCAAUCGGCAGCUCUGACGACGACCUUAGCCCAGGGCAGCUCCGCAGCCCAAGGGGGGCAUCGCGUCUUGGGAGGCAGAGCAAUUUUCAGCCUAAGUGGGGGGGUAGCUCGGAGGAAACAGGAAUGGCCACAGGAGGUCUCACAGGUAACCCCGCUAGUCUAGGGAUGGGAGACUGUGGAGCACCAAGGGCGGCAGAAGUUGGUGCUUGUGCCGGGGCGGAGGUGGGGAAGGCAACCAGAAAAGGAGGGCGAUCGGUCCUUCUCCGGCAAGUUGUUUUCGCUUCGAACGAUUCUGAAGACCCUGGCGACGUAAGGCAUAGAAGCAUUGACGAAGACAAGAAUGCAGACGCUGCCAGACCAGACAGGCGCGAGGUUAAAUCACCGUCUCAGCAGGAGGAGAAGCAGCUGCUGGGCAAUGCUGAGGAAAGCAGUCGAGAGUCUGGGAUGUUGGAUCACAAGGGAUGUCCAGCAGAGGCUCCUCCGGCUUCUACAGGACCAGCGGCGUCUUCGAUGAAGUCUAGACUAGCGAGCGCUGCCCGGACGCUCAUGUCCUCUGCGGUUCGAGACGAGCUACUUGAAAGAGAGAUAUUGAAUGGGGACAAGGUCAACGAGAACGGCGUCCGGGGAGACUUGAUUAUCGCGAAGCCAACGUUUGACAUGACGGCCUGUGCGGCCGAUGAUCAUCUUUCCAUCAUCGCCACGGCAGUAACUUCUGACGGUGGCGUUGAAGCAACCAUGCCCGCCGAAAGCGGUGGUGCCCCCAACAAGGACCAGAUGGCAUCUACCCGUGUCGGACGAGCAUCCUCAUCGCUCCAUCUUUGGGAUGCCGAAAGGAUGAGCUUACUGGGGACUCUCCUGGCCCCCUGCCUUGCCCUCACGAGAGACCUGACCGAUGCAGCAGCGGCUUUCAGCGUGCACCCUCACUGCGCCGCGGUUGCUCAACCCCCGGUCGACCCAAGCGCAACAGACCCACCCUCAACUCCGGUGGAAUCCUUACAUGGAAACAACAAAGACAUGGACGGAGAGAACCCUACCGCUACCGUAGGGAAUGAGACGACCACCACGACGUCGCAACCACCGGUGCGACAUGCCGCAGCAGCGACGGACAAGCAGCACGCGGCAACGACAAAGACAGGCACCGGCCUCAACCGACCAGCGCUGGUGACGGCCCUGAUGUUCCUGUCGCCGUAUCCGUUGCUCAUGGGUGCCUCGACCGGAGGUGCCGUGGUGGUGUGGCGAACGCUGGACUGCGUGUGCGUGCAGGGACAGAUGCCUGCCGUGCAGGUCGAUAACAAGAAGUACGGGCGCUCCCCGUUCUCAUUCAACGCGCAGGCAAUUCUUCUUCCGGCAGACCUAGCCUCUCUGAGAAAGAAAAACAUCAGCGCAGCUGGCGGCAGCGGUGGUCAUUUGCGGGAAGAAAGCGGGGCAAAAGAGGAAGAAACUCUGACUUGUCUGGCUAGGGGAACUUUCACGGGCUCGACGGGGGAAGAAACGACGUCAAUCUAUGUCGGAAACGGAAACGGAGAUAUCGUGGCGGCGCACCUCUCUCCGACCGAGCUGGCGGAGCUCAGCGGGGACGCCAAAGGCCCGGUGCAGUGUCAGAGGCGGCCAAACCACAAUCCAUACCGUGCCGUGCGCAUGGAGCUCACACCACAAGUCGCCCGCUUCAGUCUUCAAGCCGCGUGUAGUGCACAAAAACAGGCGGCGGCCGGGGGAAACGGUGAAGCGGGGGUAGCAGGAGGGGCGCACGCCGACAUGCCAAGGCGGAGGCAAAAAGGUUCGUCAUCGGACGGUGUGGGAGCGUAUAAGUUCGCCGUCCCUUCUUCGGGUUUCCAUUCCGCCUGGGCGGCGCAUUCCGGAGCGGUUACAAGCAUCUCGUGGAUACGAUCCCCGCCGUCCUUGUUGUCGUCCUCAGCCGAUGGACUUGCCAAGAUCUGGAAGCCAGACGGGAGUGCGAUGCUCGGUCAGUUGGACAUCAACAACAGGCGGCCAGAACGAGGCAUGUACCUCGCUGCGGAGGCGUCGCGACAUUGGGCUUUCGUGCCGGGUAGCGGGGGCCCCGCCGACUGCAGACACGAAGAAGAUGGCCUUGACCAAGAGAAACUCACCCAUGACACGGCCAAGGCAACCACCGCGACCACUGACAGUGUGGUGAAAAAGACCAUCGGCAACAGCGGGGAAUUGACAGUGAAUGAUACGAGCAGUAGCACGAAAACCAACAGUUUCAGAGGCGGGGGCGGCAACGUUGAGGGCGACCUCCACGACGACGUUGGUGAUGAAGCAGACAGCACGGGAGCGGGCCCGGGGCGGAACGAACGGAGGGGUCGGUCAGGGCGGCAGCAACAGCAGCAACAUGACAGGGAGAAGCAGCGGGACCGGAAUGAGAAGACUCAACCAGAUGAAGGAGGACUCCGAUCACCCGAUCCUACCAGACAGCUGCAGGACUUCGAAGAGGCUUUGGAAGCAUCUUCCUCGAAAAGGACACCAAAGGCGGAGCGUUUUCACCUCGGAAGGCCAAUGUCCCUUGCGACGAUGCAGCCUAUCAGAAAAAUGCCUCUGUGCGGGAAGCGGUGGCGCACCAAGUCUGCCCCCUGGCCCGCGGAAGACGAAUCGCUACUGGAGAGAUCUGUCUCGGAACAAGGCUUGCCUACGGCGGGCUCUGUCCGUGUCGGUACUCACAAGGGCAUGAGGGGCUACGUGAGACCCACCGCCGGGUCCGCGGAGGAUGCUGCGCUGAAGCGAACGAAGAGCAGGGGGGCGACGGGGGUGGUACUCAAGGAUACCAUGGGUGAGGAGUCGGGGAGGAACUCACUUCAGGGCCGGCCGUUGGGCGAGUGGGUGGCGCAACCCGAAGGAGAGAACGCCGUUCCGUGCAUCGAUGGUACCGGCGAACCUGCCAACACCGUAGCUAGGGGUGCAGGAGAAUCACCAAUGGACAAGACCAUCAAGGGCCUACCGCCCGUGGCUGUUCUCGCUGGCUCGCACGGCGGCCGCCUGAUUGCCAGCGGGAUCACUAUCGCCGGGGACAGGGGGGGGGGAGGCUUUAACGUAAAAGCCGCGAGGGCGGCGGCUAGGACGGCCACGAGGCGAGCCGCUCUCGCGGAGGAGCUAGCCAAGGAAGGGGAGUGCAACAGAAGGAAGAGGAACAAGGCCGACAGGAGGGCAAGAACAACUAUUGGCGCGGGUGCUUCCCGACAGCAGCGACAAGGAACUCAACACGGACGAGAACUGCACGGUGGACGUGGUCCCUCUUCGUGGGGUUUGGAGCAGGGAGGUAACCGCAAGUCCUCCAGACGAGCAAUAUCGGGUAACGGUGGAGACGCUAUUGGUGCCGCCGGUGAAAUCUCACCAGGAGGGGUUCCGCACAAUGCCGGGGGAUCCUUGGCGCCAUCUUUUGGAGGCAUGGCUCAGUCAGUGGGCAGCGUAGGGUCUGGGGGUGGUGGCAGCAUCGUCAGGACGGAAGCGUCCGAGUCCACGGUGGUGUUGCCUGCCGAGGGAGCAGCGGACACGCGAAAACUGCGAGAGUUGAACGAGGACAGCGUUGUGUGGGCCUCUACAAGGCGGGGCUCGGGCAGAUCGUCGAGCUCUUCAAAGAACCGGCGACAACGGCAUGACAAGGAGGAAGGAUCGGGGCAAGUGGAAACGAUUCGGCGCCUGGUUCACAUGGGCCUAUUCUGA